ACAGUUCCGAUUUUCUCCGCAAGUGGCCAGGUGGCAGACAAUUUUCCUGUUUGGGUUUUGAAUUGGUUUAGAGCGCAAAAGAAUCAAAGGAACUGCUAUCUUACAAGAUGGGAAGGACAGUCGUUUACGAUGAUCACGUGCAGAAAUCGCUCAACGGCUUCAUUAAAACGGCAGGAAAGGACCUUAUGGUCGGAGUUAUAAUCGGCCAGUGUGCUCAGCAAAGAGACAUCGUCAUUCAUGUGGCGAGCAGUCCAAAGAAAGCAGACGGAGAUCACAAAGAAGGGGACGGGAAGCGAAAAAUUCCGUCUCCCUGUAUCGACGAGUCUUGGAUGUGUCAGCAUGCCCGACAGGUGACACGUAUGCUGCCGGGGGGCUUGGAUAUAUUGGGACUGUUUGCGGUUGCGCCAGGUGAUGUGCUCACAGCUGCUCAACCGAAACUGAGAGAGGCUCUUUAUGCUGUGUUCAAAAGCAUUGGGAAAGAUGAGAAACAACUGUUUAACGCUCAAGUCACAGAUAAAAUUCUUUUACAAGUUUGCUCAGUAUCUCACAAAGUUGUGUGCAAGACAUUCGACGUACGGGACCAUUUGAGCGGAGCCAAGCCCGCAGAAUGGAAAGUAGGAGGGGCAGUACGCUGGCAUCGUCUGGAAGCCACAAUGAGUCUCUCGUUGUGGGCAGCACAGAGCCAAGAACGUUGUAAUCAAAGCCUACUGAAGCAGCUCCAGAGCACACUGGAACCUUUCUUUCAUGCUGUUGAUAGUGCAACUCCACUUCUAAAUGGAGAAGCACGUGCCCCUGAGGAAAGCCUUGAUCCCUCGGAUCGUCGUAAGGCACCUCAGAGCAUCUUCGUUGUGGAUCUCUUCUUGCCCAUGGACUCUGUUAACAACAACCAGGUGAAAUCCCCCACCCCUACGCUCUGCAGUGCAACCAUGUCAGUCGUGGGCACUAUUCAAUGUCGGGGCUUUGUGCACAGUAAGGCCACUGUCAAGGAAGCUAUUAGGGCCAUCAAGCAAGACAUUGUGCGGAGCAUCACAUCACGUUGCGAGAUACAGUGUGAGGAUAUGCUGCUCAUAGAGGAUGAACAACAUGAUCCAUCAGUCAUGCACGAGUUGCCAAAAAGAGUGUUUGCACCACUGGAUGGAGUGACCCUCUGUGACUAUAUCUUCCACGGAGACGGAGCUCAGGAUUCACUGGAGGCUUUUAAUGAGCUCUUGGGUUUAGUUGUUGAUCCUCAGGACAUCGAACUAGAUGUGGAACAUUCUCCAGAGAGUAACCAGCAGGUGAUAGAGGGUGCAGAAGCAGCAGAAAUAAUUAAUGAAGCAACAGAACAGUUGUCCAGAGGAAGAAACCUACUGAUUCCAAUAGCAAGUGCUGCCAUUGCUGCCCUAGGAGCAGGCAUCUCCUACUUGCUUCUCCAAGAAUAAUAACGUGCAUUAUUACGUAAGUUGUACAAUGUAAUAAAAAGGCUUUUUACGUGUCAAUAAAGUUGUCACUUGAGCA